UGACAUUUUCCCUUCUUUCCAACGAAUUAGGGUUUAUUCAUCUCCAAUAUUUCUCUUCCUCCCCUUGUACGUGAAGUCGUCUCCUGGGUCCCGGCUUUCUUCGCUAUCUUAUUUGUUUUCCGAACGAUUUGGGGGGAUCGCGUCGGUGGUUCUAUCUGCAGCCCUAAUUCCGCCAAUGGGUUGGAUGUCAUUGGAUUUUUGGGAAUCUGGGAGCCACUUGGAGUCAAUCAGAGGAGGGACUUGCUGAUGCCAACACUACAUCUUUGAUUUGCAACGUUACCAAGUUAAAGACUUCUUAAUGAUUCAUAUCCAACCUGGUGCAUUCCUAAAGGAUUGGAUGCAUUGAUGUUGAAAAUUAUUUGAAUAUAUGGCCUCAGGGUUGAGAAUUCUCCUACCAUUCUUGCUAGUAUUUGUUUUACUGCAUGGUUUUACCAUUGCAGAAUCUGAGAAAGAAUUCAUCCGGAGGUCUCUGAAACCUCCUCAUAGGAACUUGGAAAGUGCAGCUAUAGAUGGAACUGGUAGAGAAGCUGGAUUUGGUACCUCCGAGGAUAGUUUUCAUGGGUUUGGUGAGAAGAAUGCUGCUAAUACGAGAGUUUCAGCUUCUACGGUUGCAUGGCUUACUCUUGCCAUGGCUGCAGCAACAGCCUUGGGCGCAAUUCCCUUUUUCUUUGUGGAGUUAGGGCAACAAUGGGCAGGUAUAUGCAAUGGUUUGGCUGCUGGAGUGAUGUUGGCUGCAAGCUUUGACCUAGUGCAAGAAGGACAGAUCCAUGGCAGUGGAAACUGGGUUGUUAUUGGAAUUUUGAGUGGUGGGAUUUUCAUUUGGCUUUGUAAGAAGUUUCUUGAGCAGUAUGGUGAAGUAAGCAUGCUGGACAUAAAAGGUGCUGAUGCAAAUAAAGUUAUACUUGUAGUCGGAAUAAUGACUCUUCAUUCCUUUGGGGAGGGUUCGGGUGUCGGGGUAUCUUUUGCUGGCUCAAAAGGGCUUUCUCAAGGUCUUCUGGUUACUCUGGCAAUAGCUGUGCACAACAUACCUGAAGGUUUAGCUGUGAGCAUGGUUCUAUCAUCACGCGGGGUCUCUCCUCAGAAUGCAAUGCUGUGGAGCUUCAUUACAUCGUUGCCCCAGCCCAUUGUAGCUGUCCCUUCGUUCCUUUGUGCUGAUGCAUUCCACAAGGUACUUCCUUUUUGUACGGGCUUUGCUGCUGGGUGCAUGAUCUGGAUGGUGAUAGCAGAGGUUCUUCCCGAUGCUUUUAAGGGAGCAACACCUCCUCAAGUUGCUUCUGCAGGCACGCUAUCUGUAGCAUUUAUGGAAACCCUGAGCACAAUGCUCCAAAGUUUUAACGAUGGCUACAACUCAGAGGAUGCCUCUGGAUUUUUGGUAUCACUACUUUUUGGUCUUGGCCCAUUGCUUGGUGGAAUUAUUCUCGUCACUUUUUCUCUCACCUUUUUUCUACAACAUUCUUUUCUCACGGGCAUGGCCUCUGGCAUUGCAUUUCUUCUUGCUGCAUGGAGGCCCCUCCAGCUUCUUUUGUCUGCAAAGAUGGGGUUCUUUACCCUAACAAUUUUGCUUAUCGCUGGUUCUGCCUUAUACCACAUGUUCACAUCUAGCAUGUUAAGGGUUGCUCCUCGCAGGAAGACUUCUGUCGAUAACCUUGCAUCUUCUGGUCUUUCUGUGAGUGCCCUUACUCUCCAAUCAUUCUUUGCAUGUAUGGCCAUCAUUCUUCAUGCCCUAGCCGAGGGGCUUGCUCUAGGUGUGGCGGCCCCAAAGGCUUAUGGGCUUGGCAGACACAUGGUUCUACCAGUUUCACUACACGGGCUGCCACGAGGUGCAGCUGUUGCAGGCUGCAUCUUUGGUGCCACCGACAGCUGGCGGGGAGCCUUAGCAGCUGCUGCCUUGACUGGAUUUGCGGGCCCUAUCUCUGCCAUUGGAGCUAUACUUGCAGGCAUCGACUACAAUGGACUUGAUUAUUGGAUGGUUCUUGCAUGUGGAACGUUGCUUCCUAGCUUUAGCACUGUUUUCCAGCGAGCGCUGAAGUUGGACAUAAGGAAGAGCACCUGUGGGCUUUUGAUGGGUCUUGGAUUUGCCUGUGUGUGUUUAAUAUCCACCAGGUUGGUUUGCCUGCAUACACCUUACUGCAAUUCAGCGCCGGAGGCUGUCACAUAGAUGUCGACUGAAUUCUUUUUGUCCUUGUACUAUGGGUGCACUUGUGCACAGCUUUGUAUCGGCCACCUGAUUGCUUUGGAAGCCUACAGUCUGGAGGGUGGAACAAAGGCCUAGAAAGGCUGAAAAUAUUAAGAAGAGAGAGCCAUCAUUAAGUUGAUCAUGAAGGUAAAUAUAGUAGUUACAGCAGUGGCCAUUAAUCUCUGUAGUUUCUUGGAUCAAUAUAAUGGAAAUUUAGGAUGGAUUUGGAUGGAGUGCAGCAUAUACUGAGGCUUGUGUAAUGAUAGUGACAGGACAUCAAACACAAAACAAGCUAGUUUGAUCCUAUUGUCUUCAGUAAAUUUAAUUGAAUGUAAAGAGUGAAUUUCUCUUGUUUGGUGGAAAUCGCAUUCUGGCGUGUUAUGCUUGUUGUGCU